AUGGUUCCUUGUACGAGCAUUCGAUUACGGGCUAAUUCUGGUUCUGGAUAUGAGGAAGUUGUGAUCAGAAAUGGUGGAGAGGGAGAUCGGGUUGAGGAAUUGAGCUGUAAUGAGGUGAUUGGUGGCCGUGGUUUGGUGUUGUCGGAGGAGGCUCGCCGUGUUAUAGCUGCGGAGAGGGUUCCUCUUGUUUCUUUGGCUGAUGUUGUCGGUGGUGGUGGUGGUAGGGAUGGCUCUUCUGCUCACUCGAGGAUUGAUUUUCAGCGGAUUGUGAAGCUUGUUGAACGGAUUCUUCCUUUCUCACUGUUGUUGUUGGUUGUUUUGAUUCGCCAGCAUUUGCAAGGUUUCUUUGUCACAAUCAGUGUAUCAGCUGUAAUGUUCAAGUCAAAUGAAAUUGUUAAGAAACAGACUGCUCUAAAGGGAGAUCAGAAAGUCUCUAUCCUUCUUGGUGUCUCUUUUUCCUUUGCGCUGUAUGUGACAUGCAUUUACUGGUGGUAUCGGAAUGAUGAUAUUUUACUUCCACUGGCCUUGUUUCCACCAAAAGCAACACCACCUUUCUGGCAUGCAAUAUUCAUCAUUUUGGUUAAUGACAUAUUGGUGCGGCAAGCGACAAUGGCUUUCAAGUGUUUGUUGCUGCUUUACUACAAAAAUGGCAGAUGCCAUAAUUUCCGUCGACAGGCUCAAAUGUUAACUCUGGUUGAAUACACACUGCUGCUGUAUCGUGCUUUCUUGCCAACGCCAGUUUGGUACCGAUUUUUCUUUAACAAGGACUUUGGAAGUCUCUUCUCGUCAUUGAUCACAGGAUUGUAUAUAACAUUCAAGCUAACAUCUGCAGUUGAGAAAGUCCAAUGCUUUAUUCGUGCUUUAAAAGCGUUGUCAAGAAAGGAAGUUCAUUAUGGGGUUUAUGCCACAACAGAACAGGUCAGUGCUGCUGGUGAUCUUUGCGCUAUAUGCCAAGAGAAGAUGCACGGUCCUAUCCUGUUGUGCUGUAAACACAUGUUCUGCGAGGAGUGUGUAUCCGAAUGGUUUGAAAGAGAAUGGACUUGCCCGUUAUGCAGGAUAUUGGUAAAACAUGCUGAUCUGCGGACCUUUGGAGAUGGAUCAACAAGUUUGUUUUUUCAACUGUUUUGA